AUGCUGUUCUGGGACUUGAAGUGCAUAUUUCUAAAUUUGUACAUAUUGCCUGUUGCGGUAGUUUUCAGGCGAAGUCUGUGCGCAGCAGCGGAGCGUGGUGAAAAUGAGGAUGUAGGGUAUGAGGUGUUGGAGAGUGCCGAACAGGAUGAGGCCGUUUUGAAGCAUCAACUGGUUUCAUUUGCAUGUAAUGUUUCAGCAUUUUGA